CUCGGACGUUGCGUUAAGGUGCAGAACCGAGUCCCGCUCUUGAGGAAAUUUGAGGAAAGUCAGACGAAAUAUACGUCUUCAAAGGGCAGCAAACGACCAUUUAAACUGAGACGACAGACAUUUUGCCGCAUUUGUGCAGUUGCUUUGAAACUACAGUAAAAUGGAUCCAAUGACUCAGUCCGCCCAGAUAUCAUCGUCGCAAGGGCUUGCCGAUGGACAAAAUUCUGCUGCCAAAGAAUCAAAGCUAUCCGAUUCCUUUCUUUCCUCUUCGCCUGUAUCUCUCAUUCAGUCUCCUCAAGACAAAAGAGUGGGCUCUGACAAGCCCUGCGAAGGUGUUGCGACAUCCCUUCGCUUUCCUUCUCAACCUGGCUCAUUCACCCCUGGUAAUUACGGGAGUGAAGCAGGGCCCCCAGAUGGACAACCGGAUUCACCGAUAAAGACAUCUCCUGUUUCAGAGCGAAUAAAGGCACUGGAAGCUCUUGCUGCCAAAAAGAAGGAACCUGAUUUUAGAAGCGAUGGAGGUUUCUCUCACUUCAGGGACCGCCACCAUGAAAAAUCUCCCGCUGAGACACCCAAAUCUCCCACUGAGACACCCAAAUCUCCCGCUGAAACACCCAAAUCUCCCGCUGAAACGCCCAAAUCUCCCGCUGAAACGCCCAAAUCUCCCGCUGAAACGCCCAAAUCUCCCGCUGAGACACCCAAAUCUCCCGCUGAGACACCCAAAUCUCCCGCUGAGACACCCAAAUCUCCCACUGAAACGCCCAAAUCUCCCACUGAAACGCCCAAAUCUCCGAUUAAGACCCCAAAAUCUCCCACUGAGAAAAUUAUGCCAUCUGUCCAGAAAAGGGGAGGUUCUGCUGAUCAGGAGUCACCGGAAUCCCCCUUUGAAGUACUUGGAGAUUUAAGACAAACGAAUGAAUUUGAAGAAACAGAAGAAUGGAUGAAGGCUCAUUUACCUCCUGUGCCAGACUUUGAUGCUGUAAAUUUAAUCAAAGGCACCCUGACUUCAGACAGUGUAAAAUCAAAGGAGGAGAAGGAGACUGGCGUAGUUAUACCUGAUGUUCCUGCUGCCUUUGCAGGUGUCCCUGAUGCUUUCAUGGAUACUCCUGCUCAAGCUCCAAAACAUGAGGAUGAGUUGAGUGAUGCACAGAAGCAGACAAGUGUUGAGGAGGAGUCAGAGUUUGACCUUAGCUUUUUGCCAACAGCCUAUAUGUGGGAUCGACAGGAAAAAUCAAGUGCCCAGGCUCCUUUAAGUCUUGAUAUAAUGCUUCCAGCUUCACCUGCACCUCCUGCAGGCUUUGACUCCCCAUCUCCGCCUGCCUCUCCACCAGUUGGCACGGAUGCUAAACACGUUUCGGAAGACAAGAAGACCAUGUGGACCGAAGAUCUGCAGCCCCCAGAGGCAAGCGAAGCUGACAGCUCAGGAGAGUCAGACGACACUGUAAUUGAAGAUAGUGUCCCUGUUCCUGCAUCUGUUCCUCCUUCAUCUUCUGAUCCAGCAAUUUCAAAUGAUCCUACCCCUGCUUCUGCAGCUCCCAGUCUUCCCACUGAGGAAAAGGAGACUCCUCCACCAAAGUCUGAGAGGAAGCUAAUGCAGGUUCCAACAAUAAAUGUUAUUGAGACCGACGAGCCAAAUUACAGUGAUGAGGAGAUGGAAAUGGAGCUUGAAGUAGAGGAAGAUGAGGAUUAUAAGGCUGUAAAAGACCUAGCCAGAGAGGCUCCAAAAACCCCAGAGCCAGAGGACAGUAAAAAUGAACCACCCAUAACGCGCCCUUUAGAAACUGAAUUCAUGGAAGGCUACUCCCCUCCAUCCUCACCGGUGGACUCUGAUGCCGAAUACUCUCCUAAACACAACACACUCAAAUCUCUACCUGAAACGGUACAUCAGGAAUGUGCAUCAAAACCUGAGGCCCUGCCCAAUCAAGCACUGUCUGAAAAAUCGCAGAACACUUCCAAUAAAGUAAAUGAUGAACCCUCCCCUCUCAUAGUAACAAAUGAAGAAGUGGACUUCCAAGACAAUGAUGACGAGUGGUCCGAUGAAGCACAACAUGUCCUGGUCCAACCUUGCAAAACUGACCUUGCGUUAAUGGAAACAACUCCUUACACACAAUCCAACAUGGAUGAAAAGAGCAGCUCAGCUGCAAAAGAGGCUUAUAUGGAGACGGCUUCCCUUUCUAAAACCAGCUUCAUGCAAGAUGAUAUAUAUGACAGACAGUCAUUUGAUUAUGAUUAUGAUGCAUCCUCUCCCUUGGAUGACAUUGACGACAAAGGGUUAAACAAUGCUAAGGAGCGGUUUCUUUCUGAUCCUUCUCAAAUCCUCAUUGAACCACUGAACGCAAGCGGUCAAAAUCAGGAGGAUUUAACUUCAGUGAAUGAUGACGAAGCCUUCACCAAGCCAGUUGGUCAGCCAACUAUAAGAGAAUAUCCCCAAGACCCAUAUUCCUCUUUCCAAAGUGAGACACUAAGCAGCACCAUUGAGCAAGAUUCUAAUAAGACCAUGACCACUGACAUGGUUACAGAUAACAUGUCAAAUGGCAACUCCCUCCCGGCACAGAAAUUUGACUCAAAGAUCCAGCAGGACAUUAAAGCAGAUUACCAUGCACCUGACACAACAAGCGACCCUGACAGCUCACUUUCUGAGUCUACAGAUAGCUUUGUGGAGUUCAUGCGAGAGUGCCUGAAAUCAAGGCAGGAUGAAGAACCUUACGACACACACCAAGCUGUUCCUUCCAAGAACAAGGUCUGCAAAACUGAUUUGCCUCCUUCCCAGUCCACUCCAACCAUGGUGAUGGAUCUUGAACAAGAACAGCUUACUAUCAAUGCUCUCAAAGAGCUGGGCAGCAGUCAAGAGGAGGAGGAGGAUGAGGAGGCGUAUCUCCAGUCAAAGGUUCUUGACCAGGGCAAAACUAACCCCAAUGCUACAUCUAAACCGCAGUCUUCCUUUACCUCAGUUCCUAAUCCUCCGUGUUCCCAAAGCCACCGUGUGUUUGACAGCACGUAUUCCAAAGAGGUAGAAGCCAUCGACGAAUGGGUGGCUGAAGCCUAUCAUCUUGCUGAGCAUGUCUUGACAGCAAUAAUAACCCACUUAUCAGUUAAGGAUCUGAUCCAUUGGCGAGACCCCAAGAAGUCGGGCUUGGUGUUUGGGCUGUCCAUGCUGCUGCUGCUGUCGCUGGCAGCCUUCAGCGUCAUCAGCGUGGCCUCCUACCUGCUGCUGGCCCUGCUCUGCGUCACCAUCACCUUCCGCAUCUACAAGUCUGUCGUCCAGGCCGUGCAGAAGUCCGGCGAGGGACACCCCUUCAAAACACUGAUAGAUAAGGAUGUCAGCGUCGCCCCGGAGACUUUCCGCAAGCACGUGGACGCCAGUCUGACCUACAUCAACCGAGCCCUGAAGCAGAUGAGCCGCCUCUUCCUGGUCGAGGACCUCGUGGACUCCCUAAAGCUGGCUGUGGUCAUGUGGCUGUUCACCUACGUAGGAGCCGUCUUCAAUGGAAUCACCAUUCUCAUCCUGGCUGACAUCCUCCUCUUCGCUGUGCCUCCCGUCUACGAGAAGUACAAGACCCAGAUUGAUCAGUACAUGGACCUGAUUCGUACUCAAGUCAACACCACAAUGGCCAAGUUGCAAGAGAAACUUCCCGGAGCUGUGAAGCGCAGCAAAACUGAAUGAUUAACCCCCCCCCCACCCAAUUAGAAACCUCCAUGUCACCAUCAUCCUCAUCUCCAUUGCCAUCUUAGACCUCCUUACCUUCUCCUCCCCCUCUCCAGAUAACCCCUGCCCCGAGUCUAACUCCUCCUCCCUACUCCAUCAACCAUCAACCCCCCCUACUACACUGAGCCUUGCUAGGUAGAAAAUCUCUGAGCUACUCAAUAUUCAAUGUAAAACUACUGCGCAGCUUAACUUGCAAGCAUUAAAAAGAACUGUGCCUGUGCAGACAGGAAGCAGGUCGCUAGCGAGGAAGUGAUGUAGCGCCGCGGUGGGCCCUGACUGUCUGUGGGCGUGCCACAGGGGGAAUGGAGGCAGGGUCGAGUGAACUAGACUGAAUCUAUGACCUGGUUUUGUCAUGUACAGCGAGCAGGGGGUGGGUGAUGGCUGUCUAUGUCACAAAAAAAGCAAAUGUCUGUACUUUAAACCACACAUUUCCCUGACGGUAAAUGGAUCAUUUCAGCUGGAAAAGUUAAGGAAAAAAAAAAAAAAUAGAAGAAAACUAACCUUUUGGGUGUUAUUGUGGCUAGUCUUAUCCUGCUCUCGUGCUCUACAGUUAUGUGGAUAGAUAUGAGUUGAUUUUAGAGGCUAGUAAUGGGUUUGCUGUUACUGAUUGGCCUGUUAUUGAGUUAGCUUCCAUUCACCUUACAGGCACUUCUGUAUCUAAGUUUCUGCAAUGCACUGAACUUUUAUUUUUUUAAACCCAUGAGCAGGUUGAAAUAAAAGGAUUGGAACACUGAGCCAGCUGUGAUAAUUUGGUCUAGUUCACCCUCUUGAUCAGAUGCAUUUUUUGAACGGUUUUCUGUACGUAUAUAUACACCUUAAGACAACUACAGGCUCUCUCUGCUGUAUGGAACACGUUAGCCUCGCUUUUUAUAUCAAAGGAAAGUUCCCUCACUUACAGCAGUACUAACUCCUUUUGUCGCACCUGUUCAAGCCAGUGUUGAGGUUUCACAUUAUACUUGUACAUUUUUAUUAUUCUUAUCACUGCUUAUUACUAUUAUUGAUAUUAAUUAUAGAACGGCUGCUUUGACUCCCUAGUAGCUUGACAACAGCAUUGUAAGAGUUAUGUUAAGUGUCAUUGAGCUUCAUAAUUUUAAAUUGAAGGUCUUUCUGAGGCCUCCUGAUAAAUAAUUCCUGAUAAGUUAAGAGAUUCCCUGUGUGUUAUCACAUCUUUAAAUCUCAAAAUGGCUUCCCAGCUCUACUGCUGUAUUGUGUUGAGUUUCAAAACUAUGGAGUAUAGAGUGUGCCACCAGAAUAAAUAUAGACUUUUAGAGUAUUUCAUUAAAAGGUCCACUUUAAGGCUUUCUCCAGAGCUUUGAAGACUGACAUACACCUCUGGGGAAAAAAACUGCUUGCAAAGUGAAAUAAAGUUCAAAUGUGUUUUUGUCCAAAAAAAAUGUUGAAGAAUGAACUUUCACACCCAAAUAAAUUAUAAGCAAUUGAACUAAUUGAUUCUAAAGUAAAAAUUCAAAUACUUUUCAAAUUUUGGGAUUCAGCUGUUAAGAAUUGACAAUUAAAAUUGAAAAUUAAAUUUAAAACUGAAUUUGCAAUAGCUUUAUAAAUGGUAAUUUAUGAAUGUUUUAUAAUUCAACACUGGUUUUGGCACAUUUUAGACUCCGUACAAAACCUUCACAGUGACCUGAGAGGAAGUUUAGAGAUUAGGGCGUUUGUGUAACAUAAUGAGGGGGUACAAUGUUGAAUAAAGAGUGUAGCUGGGGAUCUGGAAGCGGUUUUGGUUUCGGAGUGGUUAUUAUAGAGCUCUGUUUGUCACUGUGUUCCUUCUCUUUGACUGCCAUGAAGCGCAUGUCCUAGUGUAAGCUGGAAACAGAUUCUCACCCUUUAUAUAGGCUGUAUCAUAUUCUUGACCCUGACUUUUGUUUAAUAUGAUUAUUACUUGUGAAGGUUUCAAUGGUGUUUUUGAACUGAGUAAAAAAAAAAACAUAGUCAUAUGUUAGCACUACUGCUACAUCUCCAUAUUGUUUUGAGGGAUGAAUAUAGAGAAGGAAAUGACGAGUAUGUCCGUGUUGCUGUCCAUUUCCGUGUGCCCCAAAUUAAGUUUGCACGGAGUAAACGUCCCCCGAAUACUGAAGAGCCAACAGCCUCUCCAAUGCCGUGAAUACUCCAACUACUACUACUGCUACGUCUGCCUGUGUACUGAAUGUUUUCUAUGGAACAUUCCUUCCCAUGCAUGCCCUCCACUGUGUUUCGUCUCGCUGUGAUCGCCUCACAGAUGUCUUGGUUAACCACUCGUGCAUGCUGUCUCAUUCAGACUCUAGAUGUUAAAGCCAAAAUAUGCAACAUUUCUGUUGGAGAUGCUAGCUGUUAGCCCCCACCCCCUCAGUCGGAUAGGUUACAGCCCCGGUGCUUCGCACUCACGUUGAUAAGUGGUUGGCUAGCCCGAGGCUGAGGUAAGCAGCAUCUGUAAAGCUGCUAAUGAAGCAAGUGUGAUUGGGGGGGGGAGGCCUGAAUACUGAGACCGCUAAUGUUAUUAUGCAUCCUGUUUUAUUUAUUUGAAUGUGGAGAAGUUGCAUAUUGUAGCUUUAGUUGUCGUUUUCAUCUAAACGCUUCACGCCAGCUGCACAUUUGUAUGAUGAUGUUGGUUUACAUUAAUUCAGCUUAUUUUAAGGGUCAGUUCAACCAAAUUUCUAAAAAAUAUCUCUCUCUACCUUUCAUUUAAAAUUCAAAGAACAAACAUUUGGAACUUUUUUUUUUUUUUUUUUUUUUUUUUUUUUUUGGAUUUCUACCUCCAACCCAAUACUGUUGAGUUGAUGGGGUGCUGUUUGUGGUGCUCACAGCAUUGAAUUCAGCCCUUUUUUAGGGACUGUUUCUUCUGUAGAAUGUAGUUCCGAGGACAACUGUUCACAGUGAGCAGCACAAACUAAAUUCCAUCAACGUCCAUUGUGUUGUGGUGGAGGUGGAAAUCUCAGAGACAGAAUUUCCUGAACCUUACCCUGGAAGUGUGGCGCUAUGAAAGCUAAUUAGCUUUUAACUUUAUGUCAGGAAAGGCCAUGUGUGUGUUGGUGUGCUACCUAGGCUGAACCGAUCACUCAUUUUCAGAAUCCUAGUUGGCUAAUUCCUUUAGAGUGUAAUAUUUAACAUGAAUAAAACCUGUUCCCUCAAGCAUGUUGCUUUUCUCCUUUUCCUGCUUGUCCUUGUGUUUUCAUCGGGUAUGGGAGUGUGUGGCAGGAGUGUGUUUGACUUUUCUGUCUCUGGAGAGUCUUGUUUUGACUUUUUACUGGUUUAUAGAAGUUCACUAACAUCAGCUCUGUUUUGUAUUAGCUAUGACUUUGGUUCUGAUUUUUGAAGCUUUGGGAAAGAUGUUGCAGGAAAAAAAAAAAGAAAACUGUAUAAAAAAAAAAAAAAUAGUAUGUGGUCUCUGUACUGAUGUCAAAAUGAAAUUAAUAAAAACACGUCAAAGGAC